AUGACCAGCACGUCGCCUCACCUGCUGGCUGUAGGCAUCGUCACGAUCUGCGGUGGCGGUAAUGGCGCACACGUGGCAGCCGUCUACUUGGCUUUCAAAGGCGUACGUGUGCAAGUGCUAACGCGCCAGCCGCAACGCUGGUCUCAGACGCUGGAGCUCAGCACGACCGGCAGCAGUUGGGAACCCAAAGGCACGAUCACGGGUCGCCUGAGCCUCGUGUCCAAGCACGCCAAGCACGUCGUGCCUCAGUCCGACGUCGUCAUUCUCGCGGCACCUGCCAAUGUCCACCCAUUGAUCCUGGAGCACGUGGCGCCGUACCUCAAAAAGGGGGUCAAACUGGGCGCGCUCUUUGCCCAAGGUGGCUUUGACUGGGCCGUGCAGAAGGCGCUCGGAGAAGACCGACUUGCCAAUGUCGAUCUGCUCUUUGGUCUGCAAAACAUCCCAUGGAUCUGCAAGUCGACAAAAUACGGCCACAAGUGCCGCAUCAUUGGACCCAAGCAGUGUCUGUACGUGGCUUGCUACCCCGUCGAGCGCAAAGCAGAAGCUGCGACGCUCGUGCAGACGCUGUUUGACAUUCCGUGCAAGACCGUGGCCAACUUUCUGAACUUGACGCUCACGUCGUCGAACCAGAUCAUCCAUCCGGCUCGCUAUUACGCGAUAUUCCGUGACUGGGAUGGUAAGAAGACUUACACGCUCGAGGAGCUUGAGAAGCGCAACGGCCUCACACUUUAUGCGGACUUUGACGAGUUCUCUGCGGAGCAGCUGACAAUGCUAGACAACGAGUUGCAGCAAGUUAAGUCUGCUUUACUACAUCGUUUUCCGGCGCUCGACCUUUCGGACGUGCUGCCUAUGGGAGACCGUGUGGUCAAGCACUACGGCAAGGAUGUGUCCGAUCGUUCGUCGCUGUUGCAGAUUUUUCGCACGAAUUUAGGCUACGCCGGAUGCGCAACGCCCUUGACGGAAGUGUCCAAGGGGGGCCUUCCAUCCAGCCGUUAA